CCUUACUGUAUAGUCCGCCCGAAACAAACAACAUAGCACACAAUAUGUCGACAUUUCACAUACCUUCCCGUAUCAAAAUCGAUAUAACAGAUAAACGGGCACAGCACAUUCUCUACAAGUACCUACAAAUACCUUCUGGAGACAUGAGUAGUAAGAAUGACAGCUCCUCCCACCAAACUGCAGUGGUCAUUGAUAACGGUUCUGGGGUUUGUAAGGCAGGAUUCUCUGCGGAAGACACUCCCCGGCUGGUCUUCCCCUCGAUUGUGGGUAGACCUCGUCACCUGAACGUUCUGAUGGAUUCUCUGAUCGAUGGUUGUGUUAUUGGCGAGGCGGCAGCAACUAAAAGGGGAAUUCUCACCCUAAAAUAUCCCAUAGAGCACGGGGUGGUCAAGAACUGGGAUGACAUGGAGAAGAUUUGGAAGCACACAUACGAACUGCUGCGGGCGGAUCCAAUGGAUUUGCCGGCACUCCUCACCGAAGCCCCUCUGAACCCGAAGAAGAAUAGGGAGAAGAUGACGGAGAUUAUGUUCGAGCAUUUUCAGGUGCCAGCUUUCUACGUGGCCAUUCAGGCCGUACUCUCCCUUUACGCCACCGGACGCACUGUGGGCAUUGUGGUGGACUCGGGAGAUGGUGUGACCCACACGGUUCCGAUCUACGAGGGAUUUGCCCUGCCCCACGCCACCGUUCGUGUGGAUUUAGCUGGCCGGGAUCUCACCGAUUUUCUGGCCAAACUGCUCUUGGAGAAGGGUGUAAAACUGGGCACUUCUGCGGAAAGGGAAAUUGUACGGGAUAUCAAGGAGAAACUCUGCUACGUUUCGAUGAAUUAUGACCAGGAAAUGGAACUUCAGCAGGAUACAUCCAGGAGUCGUGAUAAACAGGAAGAGAGCUACGAGCUUCCCGAUGGCCAGAAGAUCAGUUUGGGCAGCGAGAGAUUCCGCUGUCCGGAGGCUCUCUUCCAGCCCAGUUUGCUGGGCCAAGAGGUGAUGGGCAUCCACGAGGCCACCUAUCACUCCAUCAUCAACUGCGACAUGGAUCUACGGAAGGAUAUGUAUGCGAACAUAGUGCUCUCGGGUGGAACGACGAUGUUUCGCAAUAUCGAACACCGAUUCCUGCAAGACCUAACCAAAAUGGCACCCCCAUCCGUAAGAAUCAAAAUCAACGCCAGUCCCGAGCGACGAUUCUCCGUUUGGACGGGUGGCUCCGUUCUGGCCUCACUGACCAGUUUCCAAAAUAUGUGGAUUGACAGCAUGGAAUACGACGAAGUGGGUUCGAGCAUCGUUCAUCGCAAGUGUUUCUAGGCGAGGUUCAGAAAAAAAUCA